GUCGGUCGUUCGUUCAAAGACGGUGUUUUUUGUCCGCGAAAAGUUUUUUUCAAGUUUUCGAACGGUCAUCAAAUGUGAUUUCUUUUUUUAAAUUAUUGUGCGCUUGGAUUUGUGUGAUAAGUUAUUUGUUAUGGUAAAGAGAGCAUAAGAUCCAGUCAUGAGCAGGUUGAGGCCGGGCCGUGUUCACGUUGGCUGAUGGUAGACCGCUCCUGAUGCGACCAUGACGGGCAGACGAGGGCCUUGCCGGAGCUUCGCGAUCAGCAUCAUUCAGAUCAUCACCAUCAUCUCUCAGGUGCUGACGGAGGAGCCGCGCUUCGCCGAGCCGAUCCCCAACGUGACGGUGGCGCUGGGCCGCGACGCCAGCCUACCCUGCGUCGUGGAGCACCUCGGCACUUACAAGGUGGCGUGGAUCCACAUAGACCGUCAGAUGAUCCUGACGAUCCACCGGCACGUGAUAACACGCCUGGCGCGGUUCAGCGUGUCGCACGACAACGCGAUGACCUGGUUGCUGCACGUGAGCCAGGUGCAGCAGGAAGACCGAGGCUACUACAUGUGCCAGGUCAACACCAACCCAAUGAUCAGCCAAGUCGGCUACCUGCAGGUUGUUGUGCCACCAAAUAUUUUGGACGAAGAGAGCACGCAGUCCGCUGUGGCAGUGCGAGAGAAUCAGAACAUAAGCCUGGUCUGCAAAGCGGACGGGUUUCCUGCGCCCAAAAUCAUGUGGAGAAGGGAAGAUGGACAGCCCAUAUCCGUUGACAGAAGAAAGAAAGUAACAGUAUACGAAGGAGACACCCUGAGCCUGCAGCGCAUUAGUCGCACAGAGAUGGGAGCGUACCUUUGCAUCGCCACCAACGCGGUGCCGCCCUCCGUCUCCAAGAGGAUCAUUGUUGAUGUCGAGUUUUCCCCUAUGAUUUGGGUGCCGAACCAGCUGGUGGGCGCGCCGGCAGGCACUGAUGUCACCGUGGACUGUCACACCGAGGCCCACCCUCGAGCCAUCUCCUACUGGGUGUACGACAACGUCAUGGUUCUGCCCACAAAGAAAUAUGCCAUCAAUACUGAAGAGAAUUCUUACAGAGCUCAUAUGAAGCUGACGGUCCGCAAUCUCCAAGGAGGCGACUUCGGCAACUACAGAUGUAUUUCCAAAAACUCGCUCGGUGAGACGGAGGGCUCUAUCAGAUUGUACGAAAUCCCGAUGCCGUCGACGUCGCCCAAGGCAACAGAAAUGAAAAGCAACGCAAAUAAAGAAAGUACUCGGCGCGUAAACGUAAGCCGGUCCGUGCCGCGGGCUGAGGUGGUCGGCACGGAGCGGCCCAGCGUGGUGCGAGCCCAGCUGGACCGCGCUCCCGACCGGGACGCCGCCCACCAUGUAUACAGAGCGAAUCCGCCGCACCCGCACCACGUCUCAGGUACAAGAAGUGUCCAUUGCUGGCGACAGUCGAUCUGGGCGGUGGUGCUUUUCUUCCAAAUGGAUCUUAUAGUUUGAUUCCAAACACUCCAAAUGUUAUGUCUGUCCUUUCUUCGUUGUUACUAUUUGCGUUGAACUCUUUUAUAUGAUUUAUGCACACAGGAAACUUUGUGACCGCGGUCAUUGUUGUUUCCAUAUUAUAUAAGUGUAAGUUAAUAAACUAAACAUAUCAUCCUGAAAUUUUUGUGUCAUAUCCCAAUGUGAGAGUUUGAAAAAAUAUAUUUAUAUACGUUUUAUUCGCUGAAACGUGUAGGUGUUAAGAACGUGCAUAAACUAUUCCUUUUGUACCAUUUUGACCUAAUCAUUUGUAAUUUAGAAUCAGAAUUAGAUAAACUUCUAAACAUCGUACGAUAUUUCAUGCUAAUAGCUUUCAGAUUUGGAGUAGGAAACGAAAAGGAUACCGAAAUUUUAAAAUGGAUUAUAAAAUGAACUUUUUGCUAUUUUAUGAGUUAUCGUGGCUUCCUUAGUUUAUAUUUUGUUAAAAGAUGUGAGACAUAUUUAGACCCCAAUCAUUAUAUCCGCUCUAUACAAAGUUUUAUAUCUAUAAAUGCAUCCCUUAUGAUCAAGUCAUAAAAGCAACAAAGAACCAACUAUUCACUCGCUUAAUAAUACUUUUUCGAAAAUUGUUAUUUUCGCUAUCAUAUUUGUUAAACUAUUUUUUAAAAGGAUAGCAUAAAAUAUGAAUUAUGUAUUUAAUCAUAUCGUUUUAACUCAGAUGGAGACAUGGAGUUAAGGUUAACCUUGGCUAUUUAAAAAGACUACGAAAUGUAUGAAGACAUAUCCAGGAAGCUUUUUAACUUGUGAAUGUUAAUAAAUAUUAAAAUGUACCCUAUCCGAGAGUAGAAUAGUUUUAUGUUAUUAUUCAUGAACCCCAGCGAGGUAACGCGUACAUUUGCAUUUUAAACCGCGCAUACAUCAACUAUUUUUACAUCCAUUGUCCUCUAACGUUCUAAGCUUGCAGGCUUCCAUACCCAUCAUGUUACGUGCCAAAAUAAUCGUACAAAUAAAUUACGGAUUUUGAGUCUAGAUAAACGUUUUAAACUAUCUUGGCUUGAAAUUUGUAUAUUUAAUUUAGAGUUAACGCGGCUUCGCUUGCGUUGAUACUUUAAACCUAGGUUUAGAAUCUGGCUCUACCCGGGCUCUAGUCUGUAUGCCAAAGACUUAAGUCUACACACAAAGCUUCGUAUUUCAUUUAGGAACUUUUAAGGAAACUACGUAUUUCUACUUUAAAUGCCGGUUACCCUCUGAUUAUUUUUCUGGUACAACAGAUGUUUAUAGGUGACCUACCAUAAGGUAGUCUACAUAUUUGCACUCUUUAUAUAAAAAAUUGACUUAAUACACAACGUGUUUAGAAUGUGGUACAAACUCAGUGCAGCACAGAGUCUGUCAAAACUGUUAAUCGCCUUGCGAACAUAUUGAGUGUCACAAGAUUCUAAAUGUCGCCAAAUACCUACGAAGCUUUAUAUAGGAACUAUAAAUCCUCAGAAUUUGAUCCAAACUUUUAAUUUUAAUGAACUAAAUCCCGGUCAUUUUCAAGUGGAACUAAAUUGAAUUUGACCUAGUAUUUAAAUAAUAAAGAGAGACAAACACUAAAAAUAUCCAACCGCUUUUUCAACGGCCCGAUUUUUCACCGUAUUCAUUGUGCAAACACAGAGUAAAUUUAUUAUGGAUCUAACGUAGCCUCGUGAUUUAGAAACUCUAUAAUUGUGAAAUAUUUUAAAGGUUUAUCAGGACAAUCGGCAUUCUCUUGUCCCGGUUAAUUCAUUUAAGUUCAUAUGUUUGGUUUAACUUUGAUGCCAAUCAUUAAAACUAUAAAUGAGGUGCAUAUCAAAGCAAAUGUUUUGACAUGUAACUACUGGAGUGUAGUUAUACAAAUUUUGUUAUUUGUUAUACUUAGUUUAAUUUAUGUCAAAUAGUUUAUUUUAUAAAUUGUUAUAGUAUAUGGUGGUAUGUUUUAUGUUUUUGUUGUUGUUAAUAGUCCCGCCAGUUCGCAUUGGAUAUAUCCUGUAAUAAAUGACUGUGUGUGUGUAUAUUGGAAAAAUAAUAAAUAAAUAAUUUGUAUCACUACAUGAUAAUAGUAAAUCAGGCAGAAUAUGUUACCACGUCUUUUAUACAAGGUAGAAGUGGUCAGCUCGGUCGGUCGACGAUAAAAAAAUCAAUCACAAAGAUUCCCUUAUUUAUCUCUAAAUUAUACAUAACACGAAUAUUUUGGAUGUUCUCGAGGUAUUGGCUCUUACUUACCAUCGAGUGACUCAUUUUAUCAUUUACCUUCCUCUAAAAUAACAUUCUAGGCUCAUCACAUUCUAUUGCAGUUAUUAUUAAUUCAAUGCCCUCUUGACGAUAUUAAGUUUAUUCCAAUAUUAUAUUAAUAGCUUAGUUCAAAUAUUCUGUAAACCUUUAGUGUAAAUUUUAUCCGAUGUAAUAUUUUAUGUUAGUUGUGGUUGCCUGUAACUGGCUAAUAUUAUUUGAGUGUUUGUUUUCUUCUGUAUUAUUAAUGUUUUACCCACUGGCGAUUUAAUAAAAUAAAAAAAAUAAAUAUUCCCUGAUAUUCCUUAAAAAUAUUUUACACUCAAAUCCAUUUCAGUUGCAAUUUCUGUACAUUGAUUAAGAGCUAGACGUAAGUAACCAAGCUUGACCCACACGCUUGAAUUUGUACAUAUAUAUAGUGCACAAAUAUAUCUCCUUAACAUAACAGUUAACUAGAUUGUAAAAAUGUAAUGUAAGAGAUUUUAUCCUUAGUGUUACGUUACGUAACGUGUACAGUUGUGUGAUUCUAACAAUGUAAAUAAAUAUAUAAUAAAUAGACGUAACAUUU